GUAUUGCUGUAGGUUGUGUUAUUCAGCACUUGGGUCGCUGGUGGCAAAUCUGUUUCAAAUAGACAAUUGAAGAAAAGCCCUAAAGGAAAACACACAAACAUCCAUCUUGUGUUAAGCUAACGACAGCUUGCUAGGCAACAGUUAGUUAAAGCUAGCUUUGAACGGCUUGGACAAAGUCACUCGGUUCAUCUCAAAGGAAUUCGGCUUAAAUUGUCAGAAAAACGUGUAUUAUUCGGAUAUGCAAGUCUAAUGUCAUGACAACUCUUAAAUUCUGACAAAUACCGACAAGACACCGUAAAUAAACAAUUAAAUAGCUUACUGUGUCGUCCUUGCUGCCGUCUACAGAUACUCAGAAAGGAAGUGUGACACAGGCCGGAAGUACUUCAGAAGUAGGUCACGCCUUUACGACACAAUUGACGGUAACAUCGUUACGGUUUACGUUAGCGCCGGUUCGGCAGUGGACGAGUUCGUAAAGAAAAAAGGAAGAUAAGUUGACAAUCGCAUCGUCUUACUCGGCUCAUUUUUGACGAUGCAAAUAAGGACAUCCCUUUAUCGUAGUUACAUGUAAUAUUCGUGUGGAUGUUUAGCGUCAAGCUCAUGUUCUUUCUCUAACGUAAUAACCGUGGUACGACUUUUAUCACCGGCAUGAUAUACAAUAUUAGCUAACUUGUUAAAAAUCGCGUCUGGCAUAUUCCUCUCGCCAUCAUGCCUAUUCAGCUGACAAGUCAGGCGUACUGUAAAAUGAUCUUACACGCUGCCAAGUAUCCUCAUAACGCCGUGAAUGGCUUACUGGUGGCAGAAAAAGGCAAGGAGAAAAAGAAAGAAAGUCACCCCCACGACCCUGUCUUGUGUGUGGACUGUGUACCGCUCUUCCACUGCACUCUGGCUCUGGCACCCAUGCUGGAAGUUGCUUUAACACUGAUUGAUACUUGGUGUAAGGAAAAUAAUUACGUUAUUGUCGCUUACUAUCAAGCCAACGAAUGCAUCAAGGAUCCAAGACCCAACCAGGUUGCGGAAAAAGUGGCAGCAAGGAUUUCUGAGAGUUUCAGUGAUGCUGCGAUUGUUAUGGUGGACAGCAGCAGGUUAAGAAUGAGUUGCCAGGAGUCCAUUGUAAUUAUUUAUGAUCAUCAUGAAGAUAAAUGGAAAAGCAGAGAUGUCACUGUCGACUCCUUCGAGGACUGGAGCGAAGCCCAGAAGAUCACAUCGGCUCUUUUAGAGGGAAGGUCCUACGAGGACUUGAUUGAUUUUGACAAUCACUUGGAUGACCUCAGGAACGACUGGACCAACCCGGUGAUCAACAAGUCCGUCCUGGAUCUGUGCUAAGAGGUGCGUGGAGGCCACUGCCACUGCAACUUUAUGUGGACUGGGAGCACACAACACUCCAUAAAGUCCCGGUUCCAGCUUCAAGUUCUGCUGCUGUCCCGAAUUUGCGGACCUUUUGUUGGUCAAACUCUCUCAAGGGCAAGUACUUGAUGUGCAUUUUGGCAGCUGGUAAAGAGAAAUAUGUCAACAUGCAUUUUAUAAAGAAUGCUGUUUCUUAAUUUGUAGUUAGGUCCAUAAAUUAAAACUCUUGACUAUUAAACAGUUUUAUUUUCCUUUACAUUUAUAUAGCAGUAAAGUCAGAAUUUUAGUUGAGACUAACCACAAUGCUGAAAUCCUUGUCUUUCUAGGAACAUUAUUUGAAAGAUUUCAACAUUAACUCAGUCUGCCUCUUUGUUUCAUUACUUUAUUUGAUUGAGCUCUCCUAAUCUAAAAACUAUAACAAAUGUAAUUGCAGCAAUUAUUUUUAAGAUAACAGUCAUUUGUAAGCCAUAGCAAGUAACUGCAGUAUUGUGUUUUCAUUUCAUUAAACUGAUUUUAUUUAACUGAAUGUACAUUUUGGAAGUGAAACAUUUUAUGCCACUUGUCUAUCACUGGAGUUUAAUUUGGAAAAAGUUAUCUUUUUUUAAAUCACGUCACUUUCAAGGGAAUAUAAAUAAAUAUUUGGUUUUGAUUUGAGUGUAUUAAACUAAUCAAGGUUGGCAUUAUUUUACUUUUAAUGAGUGACACACACACACACACAAUAGUGGAAAGCAACUGAUGUGAACAAUUGUCUAUCAAGUAAACCACACAUGCUAAUACAGUGAUUACUACAUUAACAUUUUAUUUAGUCAAUUCACUACAUUAACAUUUUAUUGAGUCAAUUUACUAUAAUGCAAAAAGUCAAAAUAGGAUGCAAGUACCUUACAAUUUAAAGUUGAACUUGUAUUUUCCUCAAACUGCUCUGUACAAUAUUAAUUUGUAUUUGUAAUUGAUAAAUAAGUCAAAUAGUGUAUAUACCGUAUUUAU